GACAAAAACCAAUGGAUUGGCAUACGACAGUAGCAACAACAACAACAACUUUGUGUACAUGACUAAUUUUUACUUGCAAAUUUAUCGAAAUCAUGGGUCUCCUUACGAUAUUAAAUAAAAUGAAGCAAAAAGAAAAAGAAGUCCGACUACUAAUGCUAGGUCUUGAUAAUGCAGGGAAGACCACGAUAUUGAAGAAGUUCAAUGGUGAAGAUAUUGACACCAUCUCACCUACCUUGGGCUUUAACAUCAAGACAUUGGAACAUAAAGGGUUCAAACUGAACAUCUGGGACGUAGGGGGGCAGAAGUCACUACGUUCUUACUGGCGUAACUACUUUGAGAGCACUGAUGGGCUGAUAUGGGUCGUGGACAGCGCUGAUAGAAUGAGGCUGGCAGACUGCAAGCAGGAACUCCAUAAUCUGUUGUUGGAAGAGAGACUUGCUGGAGCCACAUUACUAGUGUUUGCAAACAAACAAGACUUGCCUGGCGCUCUUUCAGCACAAGAAAUAAGAAAGGGCUUGAAUCUGGAUGAGAUCACGACGCACCACUGGCUCAUACAGGCCUGCAGUGCAGUCACAGGAGAGAGCCUGCUGGAGGGCAUAGACUGGAUCAUAGAUGACAUAGCUUCACGAAUAUUCACCAUGGACUGAGCCCCAGGAUGCUGGCAGGGACAGGGAUUGGCAGGGUGAAGUGAGGGCUUUGCAGGAUGCUGCAGUUGGAGACAAGUAACUCUGUGAUGGCUGGAUUUACAGAGUUGUAUAUUCUGUUUCCCCGGAUUGUAUGCGCCUGCUGCGUUUGUUGUCAUGUAUGUCAUCACCCUUGACAUUUAUUGUUUAUGUGCUUCAAGCCUUCAAUGCAUAGAUCA